CUCACGCUAGAGGGCGCUGUGUGAAUCAGUUCCUGUUUCUGAAGCACCGUCGAGUGAAUGAAGUCAGCUGAUCUGUGCUCCUAUUCGCAUUAUUUCUCAUCUUUUUCCCCCCAGAAGCGUGAAUCAGGAAUUCUCUCCGAUUCUUCACAUCAUUUCAGACACACACCUCUAACAUGGACUUCUCCAAGCUGCCCAAGAUUCGAGAUGAGGAGCGAGAGGGACAUUUUGGAUAUGUACACGGCGUCUCCGGACCUGUGGUGACGGCUUCCAGCAUGGCCGGGGCUGCGAUGUAUGAGCUGGUGCGUGUGGGCCACAGUGAGCUGGUGGGAGAAAUCAUCCGGCUAGAGGGAGACAUGGCCACCAUUCAGGUGUACGAAGAAACCUCUGGAGUGUGUGUUGGUGACCCGGUCCUGCGUACAGGGAAGCCCCUCUCCGUCGAACUGGGACCCGGCAUCAUGGGCUCCAUCUUUGACGGUAUCCAGCGCCCACUGAAAGACAUCAAUGACUUGACCAAGAGCAUUUACAUCCCUCGAGGCGUGAACAUCGGUGCCCUCAACCGCGACAUCAAAUGGGAGUUCUCACCUUCCAAGAGUUUGCGGGUCGGGAGUCACAUAACUGGAGGAGACAUCUAUGGUCUUGUGUACGAGAACUCUCUUAUUAAACACAAAAUCAUGCUGCCACCCAAAAACCGUGGUACUGUCACCUAUGUGGCACCUCCUGGCAACUAUGACGUCUCGGAUGUGGUGCUGGAGCUGGAGUUUGAGGGGGUGAAGGAGAAGUUCACCAUGGUGCAGGUUUGGCCUGUGCGCCAGGUCCGACCCGUUACUGAGAAGCUGCCCGCUAAUCAUCCUCUGCUAACCGGCCAGCGAGUGUUGGACGCCCUUUUCCCGUGUGUACAAGGAGGAACUACAGCCAUCCCAGGGGCUUUUGGAUGUGGCAAAACCGUGAUCUCUCAGUCCUUGUCCAAAUACUCCAACAGUGACGUCAUCAUCUACGUGGGCUGUGGAGAGCGAGGUAACGAGAUGUCAGAAGUACUGCGAGAUUUCCCUGAGCUAACCAUGGAGGUGGAUGGGAAGGUGGAAAGCAUCAUGAAGAGAACAGCUCUGGUGGCCAACACCUCCAACAUGCCCGUGGCUGCUCGAGAGGCGUCCAUUUACACAGGAAUCACUCUGUCUGAGUACUUCAGGGAUAUGGGUUACAACGUGAGCAUGAUGGCUGACUCCACGUCUCGAUGGGCCGAGGCUCUCAGGGAGAUCUCUGGUCGUCUGGCCGAGAUGCCUGCUGAUAGCGGCUAUCCUGCCUAUCUGGGAGCUCGUCUGGCCUCGUUUUAUGAGCGUGCCGGCCGUGUGAAAUGUCUCGGUAAUCCUGAGAGGGAAGGCAGUGUUAGCAUCGUGGGAGCUGUGUCACCCCCUGGUGGAGAUUUCUCCGAUCCUGUGACAUCUGCUACACUAGGUAUUGUACAGGUGUUCUGGGGUCUAGAUAAGAAGCUGGCCCAGAGGAAGCAUUUCCCGUCUGUAAACUGGCUGAUCAGCUACAGUAAGUACACAAGAGCACUGGAUGAAUACUACGACAAGCACUUCCCCGAGUUUGUGCCACUGCGCACCAAAGCUAAGGAGAUUCUGCAGGAGGAAGAGGACCUGGCUGAGAUCGUACAGCUUGUUGGCAAGGCUUCCUUGGCUGAGACAGAUAAGAUCACCCUUGAAGUCGCCAAGCUGAUUAAGGAUGAUUUCCUGCAGCAGAAUGGUUACACACCUUAUGACAGGUUCUGUCCGUUCUACAAGACAGUGGGCAUCCUGUCGAACAUGAUUUCCUUCUACGACAUGGCACGGCACGCAGUAGAGACCACCGCUCAGAGCGAUAACAAGAUCACCUGGGCCAUGAUCCGUGAGCACAUGGGCGAGAUCCUCUACAAGAUCAGCUCCAUGAAAUUUAAGGACCCUGUGAAGGAGGGAGAGGCAAAGAUUAAAGCUGAUUACGCGCAGCUGCUUGAGGACAUGCAGAACGCUUUCCGUACGCUGGAGGACUAGGUCCCUUGCGGUGUCCAUCAGCUGAAUUCAGCUGUCUUUCUCUUUCUGUCUUCGCUCCAUCCAGCAACAUUCCAAUUCUUUCUUUUCACCCUUCCUCUUAUGGAGCAGCAGUAGAAGAUAGUGUUUUGUCAAGAACCUCCUCCAUUUUGUGUGUGUGUGAGUGUGUUGUCGUUGGUUGUGUUUGUGUUUUUGUGAGUGUUCCAGGCGUAUUUUUCUUUUUUCAUACACCACUCUACUGCCUCACCCUCCAGUGUUGUUGUUUUUUUGUUUCGUUUUUGAGAUGGCUAGCUGUAGAUUUCCUUCUGGUGUAAUUAUCAUUCCAAUGUUCUCUGUACAGACAAUUUGAGGGAUGUGAUGAAUUAAACGGAGAUACUAUUUAUUGCUCGGAGCUCUGGUGGUUGCUUGUGUUGUUCUUCGGUUCUGUUUUAAACUGUAUUAUCCCAUAAAGCCGCGGUGUAAUAUAAUCGGGGCAUCGCACUUCUCUCGUGCACUGCUUUUGUGACAGUGUUGAAGUCCUGCAACAAUAAAAUAAUAACGUAUGUGUAAGUUUUAAUGUUUAUGUGAGUGAUUCAUACAUCAGUGAAACAGGGUGCAUGAUAAUGUAUUUUACAUGACUACUGUGGCGAAAUCACUGUAAUAAAAGGUGAAAAUACAAAUACAAUACUGAGGCAAUUCCACCAGGGGAGCGACACAAAUUAUAGACAAAUCAUGGAAGAAUAGUCACUAAUAGUCCAUGUCUGGAAUAAAAAAUUGUCUGGAAAA